AUGGACGACGCCGAAGACCUGCAGCAGUUCCUCGCGCGGCUGGUGACGAAGAAAUUCUGGAAAGCCAAACUAACUUGGGCAAAUGCGUUUCGGGCGCUGCUGGUUGUGGGGGUUCUGCUGUCUCUUCGCUACUUGGGCGCCGCCUUCGCCUCCGUCUUGGGCAUAUUUUUGAUUUUUUGGAACUUGGGGGAGGGCGGGGGAGGGGCCAGCGCCUAUUCAGUUUUCAACAGAGGGGCGAAUUACUUGUUGGGGGACUUGCGGCUGCAGCGGAUAGACCAGCAGCUGCGCAACGCGGAUGCAGCAGUGGAAGACGACGGAAAUGUUGUUGCUUACCGACCCCCUGUGGAGUUGAGGUCUCGGGACGCAAAUAAGAAAUGCCCUUGUGGUUCUGGGCGGAAGUUGAAGAAAAACGGCGGGGGCCGUCGUUUCCUCUUCAGUGGCUCUUCAGUUAAGUGA